AUGUCAUAAAAAUUCGGCCCUCUUUAAUUAAAAAAAAAAAUUCAAAAAACCAAUCCAACAGAGAAAAAACAAUACGUAUAGUAAGAAAUAGUAGAGAAGUAAGAAUAAGAAAAUGAAAAAUAAAAAAAAUAGCAAUUCAAUCCAGUUGAAAUGGCUCAAUAAGGAGGAACAGGGAAGACAUAAGCAGAAAUCCAGUAUGAUUUAGUAAGGCUUAAGAGAUUAGGUGAUAAAAUAGAAAAAAAAAUGGAAUUAACAUACAGAUAAAAAAUAGAAACUUUUAAUAAGAAAAUUUAAAAAAUGCCAGAACAUUAUGAUAUACCAAAAGUUGGCCCAGGUUGA